AGCCGGGGCCGCCCCCGCCAGCGGCUGAGGGCGAGCCGCGCCCGCGCGCUGCGCGCCGUAGCCCCGCAGCUCCCCCCCCCGCCCCCCCCCGCGCCUGCAGCGGGGAGAGGAGGCGGCGGCGGCGGCCGCCCCUCUCCUGCCCCGCCGGCCGCUGCCCUCCGGCCGGGGGCGCGCCGGUCGCCCCGGGCGGCAGGGCAGCUCCUCCAUGCGCCGCGGCUGCCCGCCGCCCCGCAGCGCCCGCGCCCGGCUGCCGCCCGGCGGAGCGCGCCCUCCCCGCCGGGCGCGGGGCGGGGGCAGGAGGAGGCGGUGCCGGCCGGCCGCGCCGUGAGGGGCCCGGCGGAGGAAUGCCGGUGGGCGGUGGCGGCGGCGGGGCGGCGCGGCCCCCCGGCGGGGCGCGCCCCCUCAGCCCCACUGCGCUGUCCCGCAGCCUGUCCCGCUUGCGGGAGCACCGCGCCCGCUCGCGGGCCAUGCUGGCCCUGGGGGUCACGCAGAUGGCGCUCGGCUGCCUCAUCGUGGCCGUCAGCUUCGCCGCCCUGGCGCUCACUACCUCGGCCCGCGUCCGCCACUCCUGCCCCUUCUGGGCCGGCUUCUCGGUGCUAUUGUCAGGAUUGAUUGGUGUUGUUUCAUGGAAGAGGCCCCUUUCACUUGUGAUAACCUUUUUCAUGCUGCUGUCUGCAGUGUGCGUAAUGCUGAACUUGGCUGGUUCCAUUCUCUCUUGUCAGAAUGCUCAGCUGGUAAAGUCCCUGGAAGGAUGUCAGUUGAUUAAAUUCGACAGUGAUGGUGUCUGUGUUUGCUGUGAAAUGCAGCAUCAAACAUCAGGCUGCAGUAACUUGGGAGAAACACUGAAACUGAACCCUCUGCAGGAGUGUAAUAUCGUGAGGCUGACCCUAAAGGACCUGUUGUUCAGUGUGUGCGCUCUCAAUAUCGUCUCCACCAUUGUCUGUGCUUUGGCAACAGCGAUGUGUUGCAUGCAGAUGGUUUCUUCUGAUCUUCUGCAAAUGCAGGAUGAUAUCACACAGUUUCUGCCACAGAGGCCACAUUCUACCAAUCCUGACUGCAUGACUCCACAUGGAACUAUCCUGCAUCAGACCUUGGAUUUUGAUGAGUUCAUACCACCAAUACCGCCUCCACCCUACUACCCGCCAGAAUAUACCUGCACACCAGUGAUAGAGGCACAGAGAGGUCUCCAUUUGGACUUUCCUCAUUCCCCAUUCAGUGCUUUAUAUGAAGUAACCAUUAACAGCCCAGGAAUGCUGUAUCCAACUGAGCUGCCCCCUCCUUAUGAGGCAGUGAUUGGAGAGAUGCCUGCCAGUCAGGUCACUGGUACUGAUGAGCAAGUAUCCGAAUCAAGCUUGGGUGAGAGGAACAGAACCCUGGACUUCAGCACACAAGUUUCUGUUGAGAGCACCUCUUUGAUGGUCUCUGAAGCUGUUGAUAUCCCAGACUGUAGCUACUCCUCUGAAGAUCUUUGUUCGCUGGAAGUUCAAGGAUCUCUCCAUUCUGCAGACCUUUCUCCCUACUGUACAACCCCCAAAGGGGCUACGGACCAGAGCUCCAGCACUCUGGAUUACAGCACCCGCUGCAGGUUCCACAGAACUCACUCAGAGGGUUUUCCUGAUGAGGAUGACAGUUCCCACAGCCAGACCUCUACAGACAGGUCUCAAGGACAGGAAAAGCACCGUGCCCACGGCAGGUCCUUGGACUGUUCCUCAGAGAAUUUCAGCCCCUCAGAAAGAGGACUGCAGAGUUCUGCUCAAGAAAGCAAUGCCGUGCCACCUUUGAAGCAAAAGAAAAUCUGCUGUGUGGACUUUAGCCAGCCUCCUGUCCCUUCCCAGACCUCUCCCUGUUUUGGGCCCGCAAAUACUUCAUCGUACACGAGUGGCCACGAGAGUGCUGUCCAGCAGCAUCAUAUUACAAAAUACCGUAUUUCAAAUAUAGUCCGAUCAACUAGUGACCCUGUAUCAUGUUCGUCUUCUACAGAAGGUGAUAAUUGUGCCUGGACUCCUAUAUGUAGCCAGCGUCAAGAUGCAGGAUUAUCUCCAGCUACAUUAGAAACAGUUCCUGGUUCUGGUUCUCGUAUGGGUGCCUCUGCUUGUCAGCAUUCUUUGAGCAGUUUCCUACCAGCUGGAAAACAGAGGGAUACAAGGAAAAUUGAUCUACACCUAAAGCCAAAGGCUUUGCACACAGUCUCAAAAGAGCAGCCACACUCUUUAGUGGACCUUAAGGCCUAUAAAGACACAAAAAUUUUAGUGGCAAAAUUUUUGGAACAUUCAAACUGUAAUCUCCCUCCAGAGGUACGUCACGUAGUGAACAGCAUACGAUCAGUAAUAAAAUCUGAUGAGAGACACAUGGAAGAAGCCAUCUUCAGUGCCAAUAUUAUAGACCAGGUAAUUACAAGUUCCCAGCAGAAUGUGAAUACCUCUAGAAAGCGAUUUCAAGAAGAUCUUCAUCUUCAGAGCUGUGGUGCUCUGAGCUCUCCAGUUGCCUUCUUACGUGGGUCCCAUAUCACUCGCAGUUUAGAGCGGGACAGGCCUCACAGUUUAAUUGGAGUUUGCCGGGAGACCAUCCUUUGAUAAUAUUCACAGGUAUGUGAUUCCAGCAAAGAGAAUUAAGGAAGAAACCAGGACUGGGAGAAAUACAAAUAGUGGAUGACUUAAAAAGGAAAAAGUGUCUUCCUUUGGAAUUCCACUUUUUUCCAACAGCAGGAGGAGAAGACCUGUUUUUCUGAAUGUAAAUUUCAGCCCUGAUUUUUGCAAAAUUUUAACUGAUUUAUUAGUAAAGUCUUAACAAAUGUUUUCCCAACCAGAAAUGCGUUUAUUUCACUGUAUUUAUAGAAAUGCUACUGAUGCUGCCUAGCAUUUCUUGAAAACCAUUGCAAAACCGCCAGAGACCGGCUGUACAACUUAAAAGUUGUAUUUAUUUAAUGUACCUCGAAGUGUUUUAACUAUGAUCAGUGUUUUAAUAAAAAGUAUUUCUGGACUUUGCUUUUUCAACGACUGAUUUGGAUAGAAAUGUAAAGGUGAUUCAUACGCACAUACAGUGCUGCUUCUAAUCCAUUUUUCCAGUGUCUUUCAUGCCAGGCUGACCGAUCUGUCCUAUUAAAACUGCUCCCCCCACUCCCUCCCAAUAUGUUGCCCUUUUAAAUUAUGGUGACGGCUGCAGUGUGGUUUAUUUUUGCUUUGUUCUGAAUGCUCAUGAGUUUAUUAUUAAUGGAGUAGCAUAUGUUAUUGAAAGCUGACGUUUAAGUACUCUGUGAGUUGUGACCAAAAGAUGCAUUAGAGAAGAAGUCUUUGAAGUUUUGCAUUUCCCCAAAAAGCAUACUUCACAAACUUUUUACAAAUGCCAACCGAUAGGAAGUUAGAUGAAUUUUCAUCUAGCAGAGCCCUGAACAUUUUUUUCAAAAAGAAUUGUUACUCCAAUCAGUAGUUUUGACAAUUGUAUUACUAAAACAUGUCCUUGUGGUUCUGCUGUAUUUAUGACUUAUUUAACAUUGAUCUUAAAAAAAAAAAAAUAAUCAAAAAGUAAGUAUCAUUGACACUGAUUUGAUUACCAGCAUAAACACAGGUCUGCCAGCAACGUCUUCCAGUGCAAGCUUCAUCCUGGCUCUCUCAGAGGAAAUUGGAAAGGCCUUAAACAAAAGGUUCUCAUAAAGAACCUACCACAGGUUGACGUUUCAGGGUUUUAAUUUUUUUGCAGCAGUGCUUGUCAGUAGCGUUAGUUUCCAUUUGAGGUUUAAUCAUAUACUGGUUUCAUUUGUGUCACUCUGAGCUGGGCAGACAUCCUGUGAAAAGGUCACAAAGGAAUGUAGCUGAAGAUGGGUAGUUUAAGUUUUACAGAAUCAUCCAUUUUAAUGUAUUUUAAUUAUAGCAUGCUUCUGUAUUGAUGUGAAGUUACAGUGACAUCCAGUGGCAACAAGGUAUGCUAAUUGAAAGCAUCUACUCUCAAGAUAAUAAUGAUACACAAAUUCCUAAUUCAAGAGAUUAAUUCCUUUUUAAAAAAAUAAUCUGUGACCUUUGCAACUGCACUUAGAUGAAGAAUUAAAUGAUCUUCUACUUGGAUUUUUUUUUUAUUACGUAAACUUACACAACAAACAAGAUAAGCAAGCUUCCUUUAUUAUUUCAGAUUUAUUAGUGAUAGUAGGUUAAUUCUUUCCUAAGGUCAGUUGCAUGCAACACACUACUCCUUGAAGUACAGUCAUCUAAAGCUCUUUAGUUACUGCAUGGUAAGGCUUCUUAAGUCACAGUGUAUUUUCUUCAAGGCAUUGGCCAAAAAAAAAAAUCUAGACGAAAAGUUACACCAAUUAACAUUUAUCUCAUAAGGAAUACAACUUUACUGCUAAGUUUUUUAUCUACACACAUUCUAAUACUGGUGAUGGUGCUAGGUUAUUUGUCAAAACAAUUUACAUUCAGAACACAUUGCCUUAGGAAUAAGAAUGCUUUAUAAAAGACAGAAACAGGUAAGCAUGGCUUUCCCAUUUUGAGCUAAUAUAAACAAAAAGGUAAUAUGCAAAAAUUAAAGGAAAAAAACCCCAGCCCAACACAUACAUUACACAACUUGUGCAAUAAGUUAUCCAUGAAAUAACUCUGUUAAAUGAUAAAAAUCACAAGCAUUAAAAAUAAAUAUGUAUCUAAAUAAAUAUUUUGAUUUUAA